AUGUCGAAGCCUCGUCGGGAAUCCACGGCGAGGGCCGACACACGCCCAGCAUUCAACCGCCCGCCGGGGGCUCGUGCGGCCCCUGCACCAGCGCCCGCGCCCGUGCAAGAUGACCCAGACCUACGAACGCCGAAGCGAGUACCGAAAGAAAAGGCCAAGUCCUCGCCGGCACCAGACUCAACGCCGGACAGAAAGGCCCGUCGGUCCAGCGGUCGCCGCAGAAGCGCAAGUCGGGCAGACCGACAAUAUGAAAGCGACAGAGACGUCAACCGGCGGGACCGGGAAAGACGACGAGAUCGAAACCGAGACCGAGCGCGAGACCAGGAACGUCAACGAAAUACAGACCGGGAGAGAGAGCGAGAUCGAGCCAAAUACAGUUCCGGCACCUCCACCAACAGCACGAGCCAACUACUAAGCAGUGGCGCUUUGGCCAAACUCAAUGCACACAACGAAAAGGUCGAAUUCCAAGAGAAGUACGAGCAGCAGAAACGGAAAAAGAAGCAAGAAAAGGAGCUUAAAGCUGCAGAGGUAUCGCAUCGGCGGAAACAGAAGAAGAACCGCAAUGUGAGCGGCGCCAUCCUCGAGGAAGGCAGAGCCCGUGAGAAACACCACAAGCGAGGGAACGGAAGGGGACGUGGCGGAGGUGGAGGCGGAGGCAUCUUCGACGAGAAAGACGAUGACUACGACGACUAUAACUACGGAGACCGCCAACGGACGGCUGCACACAACGGACGGUCGAGGAAGAAGCUAUGGUGGACUCUGAUCAUCAUUGCGGUACUGCUGGCCAUUUUUAUACCGGUCGGUGUGGUGGUCAGCAACAACAACAGUAAAAAGUCAUCAUCGUCAUCAUCAUCGACCUCAUCAACGUCGUCUUCAUCCUCUUCAUCUUCCGACCCCAAGAAUGACUGCGACUCGAGUUCGGUCCCGGAAAGUGCAAAGGGGACAUACACCGACAUCUCGACGUGGCUCGACACCACGGAUUUCAACUGCACAUACACCAACGAGACCGUGGGCGGGUUGUCAGUAAUGGGGCUGCAUUCCAGCUGGGACGACAAUGUGCGGGCCAACGACAACGUACCGCCACUGAACAAGGAAUGGGAAUACGGCAAGGUGCCCAUCCGAGGCGUCAACCUUGGAGGCUGGCUGUCUCUAGAACCGUUCAUUACACCGUCGUUGUUCAACUAUCCCAGCUCAGCAAACGUGGUGGACGAAUGGACAUUGACACAAAAGCUCGGCUCCUCAGCCCAACGGGUGCUUGAGUCGCACUACGCGACCUUCAUCACGAAACAAGACUUUGUCGACAUCCGCAACGCAGGACUCGACCACGUACGCAUCCCAUUUCCCUACUGGGUCGUCAAGACCUACUCGGGAGAUCCCUAUCUAGCCCAAGUCGGCUGGCGGUAUUUGCUCAGGGGGAUCGAAUAUGCGCGAGAGAACGGGCUGCGCGUCAACCUAGACCUCCACGCCGUCCCCGGCAGUCAAAACGGCUGGGCGCACAGCGGACACCAAGGCGACAUUGGCUGGAUCUUAGGCACGGACGGAGCGACCAACGCCCAACGGUCACUGGACAUUCAAGACCAACUAUCCCGAUUCUUCGCUCAAGACCGAUACAAGAACGUCGUCACUAUCUACGGACUUGUCAACGAGCCCAAAAUGCUGGUGAUCCCACACGAUUCCGUGCUAGAGUGGAACAAGAAAGUCAUAGCACUGAUCCGAGCCAACGGCAUCACGGACAAGUAUCUGGUGUUUGGAGACGGGUUUCUGAGUCUGGACGACUGGGACGACAUGUUCAAAGACACGGGCGACGACAAAUUGGUCAUGGACACGCAUCAAUACCAAAUCUUCAACACGGGCCAGCUGAAACUAAAACAUCAAGAUAAAAUCAACCUCGCCUGUUCGGGGUGGACGGGGCUCAUGGUCGCCGCCAAUAACCCAGAUACGGGCUGGGGACCUAUUCUUGAUGGUGAAUGGUCCCAGGCCGACACGGACUGUGCGCCCAAUCUGAACAAUGUCGGCGUUGGAUCUAGGUGGGCGGGGACCUUGAACACGGGAGAUUCCAGCACUUCUGUGCUCACCGAAACUUGUGCCGAGCCUCCUUGCUCGUGUACCAUGGCCAAUGCCGACCCGAGCAAAUAUACUGCGUCUUAUAAGAAGUUUCUCAAAAUGUAUGCCGAGGCUCAGAUGCAUAGCUUCGAGCAGGCCUGGGGUUGGUUCUAUUGGACUUGGAAAACGGAAGCCGCCGUUCAGUGGAGUUGGAAGUUGGGCCUUGCUGCUGGUAUCUUGCCGGACAAGGCUUACAGUGCCGAUUUCAAGUGUGAUUCCACAGUGCCGGACUUUUCGGAUCUUUCAGAGGGUUAUUGA